AUGUCAGGCAAGAAUCCACCACAGCAGUUGUCGCCCAUGACGCUGCCCUCUCCUAUUGCGAUCAAGUCCCGUCGUGACUCUCUUGCUUCGGCUUCAGUAGCCUCUUCUCAACCCGAUAAAGUCCAACUAGCGCAAGCCCUCGACAAGAUACACACUUCCGCAGCUCAGUGUGAUGUCCUAACAACCUUCAACGACCUCGCGCCGCCGCCGGAUGCGACAGCAUCUCCCGAGAACAAAGUAUUUGGCGGGGACUUGGUACAGAAUGGCUUCAGUGGCCUUUAUUCUCGAUUCAAAGAGGCUGUUGGUGCUGUGGGUAAAGAGAAGUCAUCGGUCCAAGAGGAGGUGGACAACCAGGACGCUGCGUCCAAGAGGAGCUCUAGUACAGUUGCCACGGCAUCAAAAGUCUCAGUUGGCUCUUUCCCACGGGCUGAUACCGGCAUGACAAGCUCCACAAUCCAUUCCACGUUCUCCGAUCCUAUACUAUCCACGGCUCCUUCGUCUGGAGCCUUGACGAGCGAGGGUCAGUCGUUGCAACAAUAUCAGUCAACCAAAGCGUCGUCUGUAACCAAUUUUACGGCGACUUCGACUGCUAAGUCUGCAUCUUCAAGUCGGCAGAGUAUUCCAAACAUGACGAAGGCAACCGCAUCCGUCGCGCCCGUAACUGUGAGUGCAUUCAAGGAGCCACGCAGCCUGCCAAGCAGAGCCGAGGACGCGUCUGGUCGAACAUCGGUUGUGAGGAAGAGCAUCACCAGUAGGCCAAGUGAUGGGCCAUCUGUGGGGUCAAACUCUGAUGGAUCCAGCAUGUUUGAUGCGGCUGGCUUGAAAAGCACUGCUGCCCUGGAGAAAAUCGUGGUCCCCAGUAGGUCUAGAUGGGACGAAGCACUGAGCAAUGAUGGCAACAUCGAUUCCCCCACGAGCCCUGUCAAAAUUUCCAGGCCAUCCGUCGCCGUUCCCACUCAGUCUUUCCCGCAGGAUCCCAAUCUGCUGUCUCCGACGAGUCGCCUUUCUGGUAGGGAUGUAGCCAGGCGACCGGCUGUCAUUGAUCGAAUCAGCCGGCCGCAGUUUUCACGAAGUCAUUCAAGAUCGUCCUCGCUCUCUCAAGGGGCUGCUGAACCCAGCGUUAUUAGUACGUCAGCCCACAACAGUGUUUAUCACGAGUCCUUUGGUCGGGAGGACCGGCCCCAACGGAUGAGGUCAGGUGGCUACAAGAUACCUGGCACGACUACAGAUGAAGGCGCCCCAGAAGUGGUCAGCGCGACCUUGGAGCACAUGCGAAAGCAAGUCUUAAGCAAGGACUUCUGGAUGGCAGAUGAGACUUGCAAAGAAUGCUUCUUGUGCAAUGCACCGUUUUCCGCGUUUCGUCGCAAACACCAUUGCCGUACUUGCGGUUGUAUCUUCGAUAGCAGGUGUACGUCAAUCAUCUCGGGCCAAAGGUUUGGUGUACAAGGUACUUUGCGUGUCUGCAAGCCGUGUCUGAAUAUCAUCAGUCAGCGACAAGAGCAAGAUGGGAACGGGUCAGAUGACUCUGCCGAUGACUCAUUUCUUCCACAAACACUGAAUAUUUUCCGCCCUAUUUCCAAGUCGGUGACUCUUUCAGUUCCGCAAGACGAGGACGACGUGAGCAUCUCUGAAAAGGCGGACGAGGCGGACGAUGAUAUCAGAACGGCACAAACUCCUAUGAUGGCCAUCCCAGCCACCCGAAGAAUAGGAGAGUCCUCGAACCGCCACUCUGCUAUAUUGGAGAUUGAUGCGCCUCAACUUAGUCGGCCUAGCUCUUCAAGGUCCUUGAAGUCCCUCGCGGGGAGACCACAAUCCUCCGGUCACCGCCGCCAUCACUCAAAACAUAAUUUUCUCAGCCGCUUCAAGGGCAGCCCGGCACCAGAUGAUAGAGCGCCAUUCCGAAGAUCUGCAAAUGAAGAAGUGGCAAAGAAGUCUGGCCUUCCUGCUUUCCACGAUGACAAUGUCAUCGAUCCUGAUCUGGCCCCCUUUAUGUCGGACGAGUCUAGCGGCGACGAGCAAAUGAGCAUCUUCCAGACCAUGACAAGCAACGAGCCGAACCCAUCCAGCUUCGAUCAAGAUAAAUCCAAUUUCGGCCCGUACCUUGGCGGUGGUAGGAGGAAUCGUCUCCGAAAUCAGGUUGACAAGAGUAUCAGUGGUUUCAGUUUUACUGGCCGAGUUUUCGACGAUGGCAGUGGAGCGCAUUCCAGGCCAUCCAGGCGGCGGAAUCUCAGCACCGCUAGCGCAAGCGUGCAUCAUCUCCGUUCCCCUCGACCAAAGAGCUCGCAUCUUAUGAAAGGCCCGUCAGCCUCGACUGAGACCCUGCCCAACUAUGACAGCCCUGGUCCAAGCGACUCGUCAAGACUGACUCGAAGUUCGUCUAUGAAGGGAGACAAGGAGCCGCGGCUCGAACUCAAUCCCGCAAGUCUAUUACAUGUUCGUAAACUUCUACGACAACUCUUGGCCGACUCGGACGUACCGAAUGCUCCCGCUUGGGAGAAGGCCCUGGUGCCCGUGCUCCUCAAAUGUACAACUUCGGUCGAUCCUGAUGUCGAAAGGGGCGAUGACAUUGAUAUCCGGCACUAUGUCAAACUCAAGAAAAUAACCGGUGGUAGACCAGGUGACACUAGUUAUGUCUCUGGUGUUAUUUUCACCAAGAAGCUGGCAUUAAAGAGCAUGGCCCGACGAUUAACAAACCCUCGCGUUGUCAUUGUCUCCUUCCCAGUCGAAUACAGACGACAUCAGCAGCAUUUUAUGAGCUUGCAGCCGGUCAUCGACGAGGAGAAAGAGUUCCUCAAGGUUAUCGUCAAUAGGCUUGUCGCUCUUCGGCCUCAGUUGCUCCUGGCCGAAAAGUCUGUUUCAGGUCUAGCACUGCAGUAUUUGUCUGAAGCCGGAGUCGCAGUCGCGUACAACGUCAAACCUUCGGUCUUGUCAGCAGUUUCUCGGUGUCUGGACACCCAAAUUAUCUCAUCCAUAGACAUGUUGAGUCUCCCAACUGAACGAUUCCGUAUUGGCAAGAGUGUUGGCUUUGAGGUCAAAACCUAUGUAAACGAGGAACUACCGGGAAGGAAGAAGACAUACAUGUUUCUUUCAAGCAGUCAGGAACAGCUCGGCUGCACGAUAGCACUGCGAGGCGCCCCUACGUGCGUCCUGGAGAAAGUCAAACGCAUCACCGAAUUCAUGGUUUACGUGGUUUACAACCUGAAACUUGAGUCCUGCCUGAUGCGAGACUCAUACAUUCGAUUGCCGACAAGCGAGGAACUGCCUUCUAAUGCCAAUCAAAUUAUCGACGAGAGCCUUCUAUCCCUCAACAAUAUGAACAGCGUGUAUGAUGCCCGUCAGAGAACUAUGUCAACGAUGACCUUGGAGAGUUCGCCGCCUACUAAAGAGUCGACCGAGAGCAAUGGCGGUGGGUCUGAGAGGACUGGUCUCGUUACGACCGACUCCAUCCUAUCACAGUCACUCCACCACAACAACAAGCUGAUAUCCCUACAUGAGGCCCAUGUCUCCCAUGACAGCCUCGUGCCAGAAGAUGCUCCAAUGCCAAUCUACUACAGUGAAAUGGUUGCCAAGUACCAAACCAAAAUUCUGUCAGCGUCGCCGUUCGUUAAGUUUUCGCAGCCUUAUCUCCUCAUGAAAGCCCGAGAACAAGAGAGAAGGCUGGUACAUCUGAAGAAGCUGCGGGAUCAAGAUAUUGUCGAAGAACGAGGCGAUGGCGAGAAACCAAAGCCGCAAAAGUUCCAGCUGAUCAAGCCGCACAUGGUGCUCGAAACGGCUCACAAAGCCCCUCGACAGAUAAAGGAAGUUCUCCACGCGGUCCACGAUGCGGAGUACGACAAAGCCUUAUACAACUACCAGACGCAAACCCGGCAAUGGGAGAAUUACAUUCAGGGAAACCUUGACCUAUUCGAGCCAUACGCGCACCAGAACAUCGUCGUUCUUCAUUCAGUCGUCUGCACAGAAACCAAAGUACCUUGCGUGGAACCCGGCCUCAUUGUUAUCGCCUUCUACGAUGAACAUGCCGAGAGUGAUCCCAGUCUCGACCCAGAUUGUACGUUGGGCCAGUAUAUAGAGGAUGUUUGCUACAGCGCGGACUCCACUUGUACGUCUAACAACUGCGAUCGCAAGAUGCAUGAUCACCAUCGAACAUACGUGCACGGUGAAGCUCGCAUUACCGUCUUCAUCGAGCAGGGAAAGUUGCGCAGGGAUAACAUCAUGAUGUGGAGCUACUGCAAGAUCUGUAAGCACGAAACGGCUGAAAUGGAGAUGUCAAAGGGGACAUGGAAAUACUCGUUUGGCAAAUAUUUGGAACUUUCGUUCUGGAGCAGAGGCACGCGGCUCGUCAAAGGCGAAGAAGGGGGCGCCUGGGAAUGUCAUCAUGACCAUCAUCGUGACCAUAUACGUUAUUUCGGGUUACAGGAUAAGGUCAUACGCAUCCACUAUGAUCCAAUUGAUCUCUUGGAGAUCAUUGUGCCUCGAGCUCGAAUCACUUGGAAGGUUGAACAUGAUCUCAAUCUAAAAAAUGAAAUCUUCACACAAUCGCAGGACAGAUGGACACGAUUCACGUCUUCUGUCAAGUCUAGACUCAAAGCGAUCAAAUUGGACAACAUACCCUCCGACAAGGCUGAAGCUUGCAAAGUGGAGAUGGAGAGAAUGACGAAGAAAGUCCAAGACGACCACGUUUCUCUGAUACGAAAGCUUCAAGACGCAUACAUGAACUCAAAAUAUUACGAAGUCAUACCACUCAAUGUGAUUCUUCGCGAGAUGCUCGAGAAGGUUACUGAGUGGGAUGGUCUGUUUGCCAAAUUUGAGGCCGACUUCCUACCGAGCGAGAAAGAUAUUCGAAGAUUGACCAUGAUCCAGCUUCGAAAGAUGUUCACAGAUGAGUCCAAGGAGUCGCUCUCUAGCACCGACACAGCUACAGAGUCAACUGAAGCAGGUGAAGGGACAGAAAAGGCGUCACAAGCUACAGUAUCUGAUGGCGACGCGCAGAUUGAAUCUCAGCCCACGGAGGCUGAUCUGUCCCAGCCAGGCAUGAACGCAGAAACCAGUCCGCAGGAUGCGGUAGAUGAAAAGCCCCCUCUUCCCUCGCCGGAGGCUACCCUGGAAAGAGUUGAUCCUUUAGACCUUGCUACGCCCAGGUCACCAGGGUCCACCGUGCUCAACUUCAGUCAGCCUGAAUCACUCAUCACGAGUCCGCAGCAUCCAGCAUCGCGAGAGCUCUCUUCACCUUCUCCCUCAGAGCCAUCAAUCCCAAAGCCCAGUACGCCUACUAAUACUGCUCCGUCGACAUCAGCGACGUUGGAGGCACUCCGGCGCCGCCAACACGCAGUAGUAUUAGAAGCAGCGAGCGGAUCCAACAACGCGAGUAGCGAAUCAAGCAGAGGAACACAGGAGCUACUGAAAGUGGCGAUUCCAGAUCGCGUUUCGUCCCGUAGGGUGGGACUUAACGCGUCGCCCCCCAUGGUUCGUGCGCUGUCGCAACCCGCAACAAGCAUAUCGACCUUGCCUCGAACGCAAUCCGCAGUGGGAAAGAAGAUUUUCAGCACAGGCAAAGAUAAGGACAAAGCUCUUGUCGCAGAAGAUUCACCUGGUACGGAGAUGCGCAAGGUCCUUACGAACGACUCUGCGAAAAGUGAAAAGAAAAUAUUCAGUCUCCGGUCCCGAAACGGAGGAAAGUCAUCUAUUCCCCGGUUCGUCGGCAAGAAAAAAGACUCGAGGGUUUCUACUCUUGCUAGGCACUUUGAGCAGCUCAGUCGCGAGUUUGAGAAGGAGCGGAUUAAAGACCGAAAGCAACGUGCGGCUAAGAUGACACAUUCGAGAGCAUUUCUCCAACGGUCUUCUACCAAAGCUAUAGUUGAGGUGUAUGAAGAUCCGGAUGAGGCCGUGCAUGAACCUGGCCCAUCUGUGGAGGACUUAUUGAUGAACAAAGAUCCCAGCGAUCCUGAUCCCGGGAUCAACCAGACGCACGAGACUGGUGGAAGGCCUGCAUCAGGCCCUGUCCAAGUGCCGCCCCAGACUCCUUCUCCGCAGUCACCGGCUGAGACCGGCCGACCUACUGACGAAACUGCUACCGAAGCGGAAACAGAUGAUCUGACCCACGACACUAGCCAAGCUCCCUCGGAAGAUGAGCAAGGUGACACAGAUGGAGAACAUUCUCUUCUCGAAGGCACUACCCUUGAAGAAAUCGCACAGUCUAUCGAUUCCACCACCGAAAUACCUCUCGAGCUCCCCAAGCAAGACAAGAUGAACUUCAUGAAAGUGUUGACCAAUUUCUGGGCUGAGCGGUCUGCAAGCGAAUGGCCGCCCCUUGACUAUCCUCUUAAUGCUACCGAUCACAUCUUCAUCGACUCGGAUAUCAUUGUUCGUGAAGAUGAGCCCAGUUCGCUCAUUGCCUUUGCACUCAGUUGUGAGGACUACCGGGCUAAAGCAGGCAAAUUCCAUGGAAGAAGGCCAGUAGAAGUGUCUGGGAAUGGGAAAGAUACUGAGGAUGAGUUCAAUGCCGGGGUUAUGGCUGCAGAAACAAACAACAUGGUGACCGACGAUGCUCUAGAGGCCAGUUUCGUACGUGAAACCAGCAGCCAUCUUAAAUAUCAGUUCAAUGAGGGAUCGGCAAAAAUGCUGGUCAAGAUCUUCUACGCUGAGCAAUUCGAUGCCUUGCGACGAAAGUGUGGUGCCGCCGACCGGAUCGUUGAGUCCCUUUCUCGUUGUUUGAAAUUUGACUCCAAGGGCGGGAAGACAAAGUCGGUGUUCUUGAAGACCCAGGACGAUCGUCUGAUGAUGAAGUCGCUCUCCCCAAUCGAAACAUCAGCAUUUCUGAGAUUCGCGCCAUCGUAUUUCGGCAUAAUGGCUGAAGCGCUGUUCCACGAUCUUCCCUCAGUUAUCGCCAAGAUGUUGGGCUUCUUCCAGGUCAUUAUCAAGAAUCCCGUGACCAACACAGAAAUCAAGCUCGACUUGCUCCUAAUGGAGAACUUGUUCUAUGAUCGAGCACCUACCCGGAUUUUUGACCUCAAGGGUUCCAUGCGAAACCGCAAGAUUCAAUCGACAGGGGAACAGAAUGAAGUCCUUCUUGACGAGAACAUGGUGGAGUACAUCUACGAAUCUCCAUUAUUCGCCCGAGAACAUUCGAAAAAGCUUCUACGAGCGUCCGUGUGGAACGACACGCUCUUCCUUGCUCGGCAGAAUGUUAUGGACUACUCUCUCAUGAUCGCGGUAGAUGAGGUGAGGAAGGAGCUAGUUGUCGGCAUCAUCGACUGCAUCCGCACCUACACAUGGGACAAGACACUUGAAAGUUGGAUCAAGGGACGUGGGUUUGCCGGAGGCGGCCGCAAUAGACCGACAGUGACCAGUCCGAAAGAGUACAAAUCGAGAUUUCGAGAGGCUAUGGCCAGAUACAUUCUCCAGGCUCCAAACUGCUGGCAUCAGUUCAAUGCGCCCCUCAUGGCGGCCAGGUCGCAUGCUGAGUUCAACAUAGCAGGUGACGAGCCAUCCGUCCUUGAUAUUGCUAUAUAA